UUUAUCCAGCAAUCGUAUCUGGAUAUUUACUAAAUACCAACUCACUUACUACCAAAAUAGUCUUUGCAAUUUCUAGUAUAUCUUUAAGUAGAUUAAUUGAACAUUUUGGUGAUAAUGAACCUAAAAAAAUCAAUACGGCAAUAUCUUUUUAUUUAAAUUGGAAUGUAAAGAUGAAUGAAAAGAUGAAAAAAGAAAAAAAUCAAGAUUUAGAAAAUCAAGAGGAUAUAAUUGUAAAUUAUAAAAAAGAUGAACAGGAUCCAAAAGAAAUGUUAAUAAAUCAAAUAAAUAGACUAAAAUCAAUCCAGAAACAGGAGAGCAAAUUAUUUGAAGAAAUGAUCGAAGAACUACAAAAUCUACAAGGAUAG